AUGGGGGACCUUGAUGGCGCCGAGUACAUCGAACCUACUGUCACUCGCACAGGUACAUACAGCACCGACGAGCGAAAGACCAGGGCUGUGAAGAGAAUCGAAGAUAGGGGGUUUGACGUGUCGACUUUAUUUACGCCCUGGGAUACGACCGCUAGUUUGGGAGAGCUUGGCAGUAGUUCGCUCUCUGCCGUGGAGGAAAUCUUGAAGAUUCUUUUGUAUAGAAACUGUUCCCGAGAAGAGAUCUUUAUACAGUUGGACGGGGCUGUCAAUGGUGCUGUGGAUAGUCGCACUUCGGAGCCUUGCAAGCCUACCUUUGCACCCCUGAGGAACCUACGCCGGCAAUUAAGGGACGGCUCUUCAGUUCAACCGAUCCCAUCGCGUUCAACCAGGGGCAUAACCAGGCAAGCUUCCUCUUCCGAGAAGCCUAAAAGAAAGCCGCGUAAGAGCCUUUCUCAAUCCCCAGCAAAGAGAGUUUGCCAAGGUCUUGCUCACAGUCUCCGUAACGAUACCGAGGAGGUAUAUGUUCACCGCUCUCAACACUCGUCAGAGUCAACUUCGUCGCAUGAUGGGGAUCAUCCCGAAACUUCAGACUAUUAUGCAUUCAUCGAUCAAGCAUCCUCUAAACUCUUAACACACACCCGAACUUCUCAGCGCUCACGCGAGCGCUCCUCGCAGCGGCCGCGGAUCGAGAGCUCAGAUGGCGACAUCGCUGCCAAUGACACGGCGGAUUCUCAGCUCUUCCCUACGAGCGCGGUAUCGAACGCAAAAACAGCGAUAGACAGGGGCAAGCAGAGGAACACACAAGGAGACCCCAUCGCAGGCCGCACAGCCGAAAGUUCAUCCAUCAAAUCACGGAAUAGAUUGAGUUUGAAGAAUUGGCGAACUCGCCUUGAACCCUGCACCGCUGACGCCCAAGGCGAAUACGAUGGAGUUGCUGCAGUCUACGAGACUGCUAAGAACGCUUACGCUACUACAUUGAAGAGCGAGGAUGAUGCCCUUAAGUCUCUCUCUUCCUUCCGGACUGCCGGCACGCCCUUAUCUCGACUCUCAGUCGAAGCCAUAGAAUCUGGCACUGUUGGACCUCUCCUUCAAAGGUUGGAAAAGAUAGAUGCCAUAGAGAAAGAAGAUGACCAGCUCAGGUCCGCGUACCAGCAGAAGAAGGAGAGCAGGAUCGCACAGGCCAAAAUCUUGGUCAAAUCGAAGUCGGACAUGGAGAAGAAAGUGAAUUUACUAAAGCAGCUUCAGAACAUCAUGGAUGAUCUGAUCACGGAUAGUGAGCCUGAAGCCGGGUGA